CCCAUAGAGAUGGGAGCUACAGGCCAGGCCCCAGGUUCUUGCCCAUGGCUGCCAACCUCCCUCUGAGAAUCAGGAAGUGGGGCCGCUGGCAGCUCAGCAGCACCCUGUACAUUAAAUAUUUAUCUUGGAGUCCAGGACAGAGCCCUAGAAAAUAAGAGAAGCUCGAGCUGGUGAGGGGUAUGACCAGGAUUCCUGGAGUUGGAAGACCUUCAGCUUCACCAUCUUUGGAGGACAAAGAAGAAAAUGAAAGCGGUGAGGCCCUUCUUAGUGCCAAGGACCCUGACAGAGGACGUGCACAGGAGCAGCUGGCACACCCGGCAUCCUCCAACCCUGACCCAAGCAUGCAAGGUCCACCCUGCAAUCUCCCUGCUGGGCUCAGCCUGGAUGACUUCAUCCCGGGCCACCUCCGGGCCCACAUAGGGUCAUCCUCCAGGGGGACACGGGUGCCUGUGAUCCAGAAUGGUGGCUCCAACACCCUUAAUUUCCAGUUUCAUGACCCUGCGCCCAGGACUGUGUGCAAUGGCUACACCCCCACGACAAGAGAUGCUCCCCGACAUCCAGACCCUGCAUGGUACCAGACCUGGCCAGGCCCUGGGAGCCGGCCCUCUGUGAGCCCGGAGACCCCCACCUCCCAGCAUGUCCAGAACUGGGCAGCCACAUGGACCAAGGACAGCAGACAUCGUGACAAGCGCUGGGUCAAGUACGAGGGGAUCGGGCCUGUGGAUGACAGCGGCAUGCCCAUCGCCCCCCGAUCUAGCGUCGACAGCCCCAGAGACUGGUAUCGGAGAAUGUUUCAGCAGAUUCACCGGAAAAUGCCAGAUCUGCAGCUGGACUGGACCUUCCAGGACCCACCUAGAGUGAUCUCCUGCGCCUCCUCUGCAGACCCCAGGCAUCCAGGACCCCAGCAAAGAGUUGCCCCCAGGUCUGCAAUGACUGAGGCUUCCAGAGGGAGAAGCAGGGAUCACUCUCAAGAGCUACCUAGAAGUACCUUCAACUAUACUCCUGGGGCAGCAUUCUUGGGAUCCCGGCCCCCUAAUCAGGUGCCCAGACGCCGGGAGAAAGUGGACAAUGUCUGGACAGAAGAGUCCUGGAACCAGUUUCUGCAGGAACUAGAGACUGGGCAGAAGCCUAAGAAGCCACUGGUGGAUGAUCCUGUGGAGAAGCCUUCCCAGCCCAUUGAGGUCUUGCUGGAGAGAGAGCUGGCCAACCUGAGCGCCGAGCUGGACAAGGACCUGCGGGCCAUUGAGACCCGCCUGCCGUCCCCCAAGGUACGGGCCUCUGUCCCUGGGGAGGUGCGGGCUGAACCGGGUGCGGCGCGAAGCCCCGGGCAGGUGGCUCAGUCCCGGUGUCCCUGCAGCCCCGCCCCAGCCUGGAGCUCCAGCUCCCCCCAUGCACCUUACCUGGGGUCCUCCCGACCCUUGAGCCCCCACAGAAUGGCGGAUGGAGGAGGAAGCCCCUUCCUGGGUCGUAGAGACUUUGUCUACCCGUCCUCGGCCCUAGACCCCAGUGCCCCCGAGCGAGGUGGCAGCCCAGCCAGGAAGGAAGAGAAGAGGAAAGCUGCCCGGCUCAAGUUCGACUUCCAGGCACAGUCCCCCAAGGAGCUGACUGUGCAGAAGGGUGACAUCGUCUACAUCCACAAGGAGGUAGACAAGAACUGGCUGGAGGGGGAACACCACGGCCGGCGGGGCAUCUUCCCCGCUAACUACGUGGAGGUGCUGCCGGCAGAUGAGGUCCCCAAGCCCAUCAAGCCGCCCGCCUACCAGGUGGUGGAGUAUGGAGAAGCCGUGGCCCAGUACACCUUCAAGGGGGAGCUGGAGGUGGAGCUGUCCUUCCGCAAGGGGGAGCGCAUCAGCCUCAUCCGCAAGGUGAACGAGAACUGGUACGAGGGGCGCAUCACCGGCACAGGGCGCCAGGGCAUCUUCCCUGCCAGCUACGUGCAGGUGUGCCGAGAGCCCCGGCUCCGCGUCUGCGACGAUGGAGCCCGGGCCCCGGAGCCAGGUGAGGUGGCCGUGCCCCACGCCAUGUCCGCCCAGGCCUCUGUCCCAUGCACCUGUGCCUGCUGUGUCUCUGGGUGCGUUUUCCCGCGGGACAGUGCAGGUGCUGGUUCUCACCCGGGAGGACAGAUGGACAGGUCUGAAGGAAGCUUAUCACAGCCUUCGGUAGUUCAAUGUAAAGGUCCUGGCUUCGAUUCCCAGUAUCAGGAAAGAAAAAAAAAAGUCACUUACCCACCAGGCCUAACUUCCUGGCACCACGAAAGGGAAAAAGUCAGACACAUUCCCGGGCAUACGGGAUUUGUGAGACAGGACCUGGCAAUGUGCAGGAUGCACAGAACGAGAGGGACCCCCAUCCACCCUCCCGUGCUGCUCCGUGUGACCCUCCUUCCCCCUGUGAACCUCCAGAGUCUCAGCGCCCCUGGGCCAGCUCUGUCGCACCCUCCAGGCCCCAGCCAUGCCUCGGAUACCUCUUCCCCCAACACCACGAAGAUCCACUGGACCCCGUACCGGGCCAUGUACCAGUACCGACCGCAGAAUGAGGACGAGCUGGAGCUGCGUGCAGGGGACCGGGUGGAUGUCAUGCAGCAGUGUGACGAUGGCUGGUUUGUGGGUGUCUCCCGGAGGACCCAGAAGUUUGGGACAUUCCCUGGAAAUUAUGUCGCCCCGGUGUGAGUGAUCUCCAUGGCAACUUGGAGCCAGCCAGGAUGGAGUGGGGAGCAGUAACACAUGGUGGGGGGAGGGCCUGCAUCCUCCUCCCCCAAGACCGGCUGUCCGCAUCUGUGGAGACGCCAGCAGCCUCCGUUCCGAGCCCCUUCGGAGUCCCCUGGAUGGAUUCCCACCCGCAACUCACAGGCAUCUGACAGCCCCCGCCCCCAAAUACAGAGGUCUGCUUUGAAGUGGAGACUGUUUCCAGGCCUCAUUGAGACCAGACCCCGGUCCCCUUGUCACGCUCACAGGCACCGGCUCCCAGCGUCACCCCCAUGGGGUUCCUCUAACUAGGACCAGCCUCCCGACCUGAUGGAGACCAAAGGCCUCCUGUGCCUGGAGGGGCUGCCCCUCCCUCCCGCUUGCCUGCUGUCCCUUUGCCUUCUGGCCUCCAGCUGAGGUUGGGAGUGAGUGGGGACAGA